AACAGUGUUGAGAAAUAGGCAUGCUUGACAACAAAUGUCACCUCAAGUGCGGAACAAAGUUAGAAAUCAAGCAGAGCACAAGAAUUUUUGUUGUCUGUUGUUUAAAGCGAACCUGAGUUGAGUUCGCCGGCUAAUUGAGACGAAAAUUAUUAUACCCUUCUUGGCAAACACUUAAAUAAAUUCAAAAAUGAGUGACGACUUUCUAAGUAAACCAUUCUCUCUAACGGCCGCACCAGUCGUUGAUGAAGCAGCAACAACCAAAUACACUCCGGUUAUGAGCUCAUUUAGUAAUGCUCCGGUUUCGCCGUAUCUGAACUAUGAUUCGCGAUUCCUUCAGCAAUCUCAACCUGAGUUCAUCUUUCCCGAGGGAGCCAACAAACAGCGUGGACGCUUUGAGCUGGCCUUCUCACAGAUAGGCACUUCGGUUAUGAUUGGAGGUGGAAUUGGAGGCCUCGCCGGCGUCUAUAACGGUUUUAAAGUUACAAAGGCGCUCAAUCAGACGGGAAAAUUACGGCGAACACAGUUAAUAAAUCAUAUUAUGAAGCAAGGCUCAGGCACGGCAAACACGCUGGGUACACUGGCGGUGCUCUAUUCGGCAACUGGGGUGUUGUUGCAGUUUGUUCGUGGUGAGGAUGAUCACGUCAACACAGUGGUAGCAGGGUCUGCGACAGGGCUGCUGUACAAGUCAACAGCUGGCCUUCGGGGAUGUGCACUUGGAGGCGCUAUUGGGCUAGGCAUCUCGUCGCUCUAUUGCUUAUACUUGUUAGCGCAAGAUAAAAGCACAAACUCAAGCCAAAAAUUCCAGUAGACGGCUUAGCUUUCCAGCACGAAUAAAUCUUUUAUGCUGUAAUUAAUCAAGUAAUUUGAAGUUUUGUUUUUUGUUACAAAUAAAUAUUUCUUAAGGUUGUCUGUA